CGAUGAGACGAGUGACCGUACCGGACGGCACUCCGCGACUGCAGGAUCAGUCGAGCAGCAAGGUCCGGCACAACUAGUUCACUUCGUUAACUUCGGUUAAAACUAAUCAAAAUUAAUCAUAACCGCAACAAUUGAUCGCAAUUGGUUCAGAUUCCAUUACGCGGUGCGGCAAUCAUCCUCAUUUUUGCAUAAUUGCUUAAGUGAACACCCCUCCCGGGCAGUGCACCAAACCCCAAAAAUCGAAUCCACGUCGCUUUUCACUUUGACGUCGAGCCACUUGGAACCUUCACCUGUACGUGGUUGAGAGGUUUGACAACCACCAACUAGCCCACCUGGAUCCUCAUAUCAACUUCACCAUGGAGGGUGGACCGUUCGACGAUCCGAUCUUUUCUGACUUUGGUGGCAGGGGUGGUACUGGAGUUCAUAGUAUCCAAGUUAUGCUGGGACUCCAUGGUGGUCAUCAUGCUGGUGACCUUAUGCCACCCGGAGGUCAUCUUCAUAAGCUCGAUUCAUCGAACAGUCCUCCGCCUCAUCAUCAAGCUACACAUCAUCAUCUUCAGCAGCAACAGCAACAGCAGCAGAAGGAGCUCAAGGAACUUGAACUUGCCGGCAUGUACGCACCUCUUCCUCAGGCACAGGACGUCACCACGUCAACGUCCACACCAGCUACCCCAACCUCCACGACCCUUCAGCAGGGAUUGCAGAUCAGCAAUUCGUUGAAGAGGAAACCUGAUGAUCCUAUGAACGCUCUUGCUCCAGUGAGCAAUGAGACUCAGCCUGCCAAAAAGGAUUCGAAAAAGAAGACUGAUAAUAAUGGUAUCAAGAAAAAGAAAACCAGAACAACCUUCACCGCCUACCAACUAGACGAACUAGAGCGAGCCUUCGAGCGCGCUCCUUAUCCAGAUGUAUUUGCGAGGGAGGAGCUGGCCCAAAAGUUGGGUCUGUCGGAAUCUCGAGUGCAGGUCUGGUUUCAAAAUCGUCGUGCAAAAUGGCGCAAACGAGAGCCACCGCGCAAGACAGCUGGUUACAUGACGACAGGUUCAGCCAGUCCCAGUUUGACAGGAUCUUUCACGUCUCUGAACAACAGCCUGAACCCAUUUACAUCGCCAACGACGGCGGCGGCACCUCCCGACGCUUGGGCGUACUCAACACCCUACGACUUGGCGCCUCAUUUGAAUCUUCUGAGUCCAUCCAAUUCACCUUACUCGAACUCUUUCGGUGGUCCAAGUAACAAUGGUUCUGCGUAUUCAUACGCCACCAUGUUACCCCAGCACGACACUUCGCUCUUCUCAACGCCGUCUGGCAACACCAUGCGCGUUCACCAGGAUUACAUGAACGCGAAUAAUAGCCCACCGCCACCUUUGACCCGUGGUGACUAUCAAACAAUGGUUACCACUCACUCCCCGCCAACUCAUCUGGCUGGCUCCAUGUCGGAGGACGAACAUCAGCAGAAUAAACAGUUGGAUUACGUAAGCGGUCUAAGCCCGGCAGAAAAGUAUCAGCACGAUCAGGCUGAUUAUUCCCAGCAGCAGGACCAGAAGCAAGAGUACGGUAUGCAUUCGCCACCCGGACGUCAGGGUAUCAAGGAUCAAGUUCUGAUCAAGAGCGAACCGACAAGUCAGCAGAGUUACGUCCAGCUGCCUCCUUUUUUGAACUGACUCGAACCCUCGGGUUCGGGUCUAGAUUUUACAGUUGACGCUCUACGUGUUACGUACUCUUGACAGUACUUUUAUUCAGACGUUAUCAUCCCGUACGAUACUACUGAUCGAUAACUCGGUAAUUUUACAAAUUUAUCCUACCGGAGAAUUGAGCGUGAGUUUUUUCUUCUUCUCGAAGACGCGAAGCUCCUAUUGGAUAAAUUUCAUUUUUAAGCUAAUUUCGUUCGCCACGAAGUUCUUUACUGAAUUCUUAUUGUCGAUCUUAUUAUCGGUCAAAUGAUAUGUCGUCUGCCAGUGCCUUAUCAAAAGUGCAAGGAUCGGAGUUACCGGUUUUAUCGUGCCUCGCGAGAAAUUGAGCGUUGCAAUAAUAUUUCAUUCUCUCUUUACUCUUGUCUUAUAGUUUAUGCAUUUCGUUCUGUAAAUUAGUUAGCGUUACGCCAUUACAAGCUUAUGUUAGUGGGCAUUUCUCUUUUGACUCUCCAGCUGAUCUUAAUGAUGAAUAUUAAAGUAUGUUUUAAAUUUAUUCAUUACACUUUUUUUUGUACUUGCUUUUAGUUGUACAAUUACUAUUCAUUUAUGCUCAUAAUAGAUUGUAAUGAUUUGGUUUGGUAGAAAUAGUCGUUUUCUAUGCUGCUAUCAUUCCAAAAUGCUCGCUAUAGUCAUCUAUGCCAAAAAGUCUACUGAUAAGAAAUAAACUUAUGUGAAAUUCUAUUACUGUUAAUCAAUCCAUUCGAUAUGAUUCAAAAUCAUUCGUACACGGCGUCUCAACGUGCCUUAGCAGUAUAAUUAUGAAUCUUAAUAAAAGUUAUGUCCCAUUUUGUAUUGUAUACUCCUUUUUAAUAAAACUUAGAAGAGAUACAACGUGAA